GCCAUGUUGUCGGAGUGAAAGGUAAGGGGGAGCGAGAGCGCCGGCGAGCGAAGAUCGGGGGGCCGGAAUCCAUCUUCAUCCUACCGCUCCGCCCGUGUUGGUGGAAUGAGCGUUGCAUGUGUCUUGAAGAGAAAAGCAGUGCUUUGGCAGGACUCUUUCAGCCCCCACCUGAAACAUCACCCUCAAGAACCAGCUAAUCCCAACAUGCCUGUUGUUUUGACAUCUGGAACAGGGUCGCAAGCGCAGCCACAGCCAGCUGCAAAUCAGGCUCUUGCAGCUGGGACACACUCCAGCCCUGUCCCAGGAUCCAUAGGAGUUGCAGGCCGUUCCCAGGACGACGCUAUGGUGGAUUACUUCUUUCAGAGGCAGCAUGGUGAGCAGCUUGGGGGAGGAGGAAGUGGUGGAGGCGGCUAUAAUACUAGCAAACAUCGAUGGCCUACAGGGGAUAACAUUCAUGCAGAACACCAGGUACGCUCUAUGGAUGAAUUAAAUCAUGAUUUUCAAGCACUUGCUCUGGAAGGGAGAGCUAUGGGCGAGCAGCUCUUGCCAGGUAAAAAGUUUUGGGAAACAGAUGAAUCCAGCAAAGAUGGACCAAAAGGAAUAUUCCUGGGUGAUCAAUGGCGAGACAGUGCCUGGGGAACAUCAGAUCAUUCAGUUUCCCAGCCAAUCAUGGUGCAGAGAAGACCUGGUCAGAGUUUCCAUGUGAACAGUGAGGUCAAUUCUGUACUGUCCCCACGAUCGGAGACUGGGGGACUAGGCGUUAGCAUGGUGGAAUAUGUGUUGAGCUCAUCCCCGGGCGAUUCCUGUCUAAGAAAAGGAGGAUUUGGCCCAAGGGAUGCAGACAGUGAUGAAAACGACAAAGGUGAAAAGAAGAACAAGGGUACGUUUGAUGGAGAUAAGCUAGGAGAUUUGAAGGAGGAGGGUGAUGUGAUGGACAAGACCAAUGGUUUGCCAGUGCAGAAUGGGAUUGAUGCAGACGCCAAAGAUUUUAGCCGUACCCCUGGUAAUUGCCAGAGCUCUGCUAAUGAAGUGGAUCUUCUGGGUCCAAACCAGAAUGGUUCUGAGGGCUUAGCCCAGCUGACCAGCACCAAUGGUGCCAAGCCUGUGGAGGAUUUCUCCAACAUGGAGUCCCAGAGUGUCCCCUUGGACCCCAUGGAACAUGUGGGCAUGGAGCCUCUGCAGUUUGAUUAUUCAGGCACGCAGGUACCUGUGGACUCAGCAGCAGCAACUGUGGGACUUUUUGACUACAAUUCUCAACAACAGCUUUUCCAAAGACCCAAUGCACUUGCUGUUCAGCAGUUGACAGCUGCCCAGCAGCAGCAGUAUGCACUUGCAGCAGCCCACCAGCCUCACAUCGGUUUAGCUCCCGCUGCGUUUGUCCCCAACCCAUACAUCAUCAGCGCUGCUCCCCCAGGGACGGACCCCUACACAGCUGGAUUGGCUGCAGCAGCGACACUCGGCCCAGCUGUGGUUCCUCACCAGUAUUAUGGAGUCACACCAUGGGGUGUCUAUCCUGCCAGUCUUUUCCAGCAGCAAGCUGCUGCAGCUGCAGCAGCCACAAACUCUGCUACUCAGCAGAGUGCUCCUCAGGCCCAGCAGGGACAGCAGCAGGUUCUUCGUGGAGGAGCUAGCCAGCGUCCUUUGACUCCAAAUCAGAACCAGCAGGGACAACAAGCAGAUCCCCUUGUAGCAGCGGCAGCAGUGAACUCUGCACUCGCCUUUGGACAAGGAUUGGCUGCAGGCAUGCCAGGUUAUCCAGUCUUGGCACCUGCUGCUUACUAUGACCAAACUGGUGCCCUUGUGGUGAAUGCAGGGGCAAGAAAUGGCCUCGGAGCUCCAGUUCGGCUUGUUGCUCCAGCCCCAGUCAUCAUUAGCUCCUCAGCUGCACAAGCAGCUGUGGCAGCUGCUGCAGCUUCAGCAAAUGGAGCAGCCGGUGGUCUUGCUGGAACUACAAAUGGACCAUUUCGACCUUUGGGCACCCAGCAGCCCCAGCCCCAGCCUCAGCAGCAGCCCAGUAACAAUCUGGCUUCCAGCUCUUUCUAUGGCAACAACUCUCUGAGCAGUAACUCCCAGAGCAGCUCCCUCUUCUCUCAGGGCUCUGCCCAGCCUGCCAACACGUCCUUGGGAUUCGGAAGUAGCAGUUCCCUUGGUGCCACCCUGGGAUCGGCCCUUGGAGGGUUUGGAACAGCAGUUGCAAACUCCAACACUGGCAGUGGCUCCCGCCGUGACUCCCUGACUGGCAGCAGUGACCUUUAUAAGAGGACAUCGAGCAGCUUGGCCCCCAUUGGACACAGUUUUUAUAACAGCCUUAGCUUUUCCUCCUCUCCUGGACCCGUGGGCAUGCCUCUCCCUAGUCAGGGACCAGGACAUUCACAGACACCACCUCCUUCCCUCUCUUCACAUGGAUCCUCUUCAAGCUUAAACCUGGGAGGACUCACAAACGGCAGUGGAAGAUACAUCUCUGCUGCUCCCGGUGCCGAAGCCAAGUACCGCAGUGCAAGCAGUGCCUCCAGCCUUUUCAGCCCCAGCAGCACCCUGUUUUCUUCCUCUCGUUUGAGAUAUGGAAUGUCUGAUGUUAUGCCCUCUGGCAGGAGCAGACUUCUGGAAGAUUUUCGAAACAACCGGUACCCUAAUUUACAACUGCGGGAGAUUGCUGGGCAUAUCAUGGAAUUUUCUCAAGACCAGCAUGGUUCUAGAUUCAUUCAGCUGAAACUAGAGCGUGCCACAGCAGCUGAACGCCAGCUUGUCUUCAAUGAAAUCCUCCAGGCUGCGUACCAACUUAUGGUGGAUGUGUUUGGAAAUUACGUCAUUCAGAAGUUCUUUGAAUUUGGCAGCCAUGAACAGAAGCUGGCUUUAGCGGAACGGAUUCGAGGCCACGUCCUAUCAUUGGCGCUGCAGAUGUAUGGCUGCCGAGUCAUCCAGAAAGCAUUGGAAUUUAUUCCCUCAGACCAGCAGGUAAUUGUAAGUUUCCUUUUCACUUUUCUCUUGGUGUUUCUCUGUGGCUUCCUGAUGGGCUACUACCCCUCUCCUUUGAUCAGGCCGCACAUUGCGACUCUUCGAAAGUACACCUAUGGCAAGCACAUCCUGGCCAAGCUGGAGAAGUACUACAUGAAGAAUGGCGUGGACUUGGGGCCCAUUUGUGGUCCCCCUAAUGGCAUCAUCUGAGCAGUGCACCCAUUCCUGUCCCGCUGACCUCACUGACCCUGGCAGAUCCAACCAGCAACCAGAGGUGCCCAGCUCAGAGUCGGAAGUGGGUAACGGUUGCUCUGGGAUUGCUCCCUCCUUGAAAAACGGAAUCAGAUCCACUUGUGGAAAGGCCUUUGUAAAUUUCAUUUUAUUACACAUAACAUGUACUAAUUAUUUUUUUUAAUUGACUAAUUACCCUGCUGUUUACUGGUGUAUAGGAACUUGUACAUAGGUGAUCAGUGUACAUGGGAGGCCACAUGCUUUGUUCAAUGUUGUAUCUAUAUUCCACAUGUGGACACUUUCAGGGUGGUUGGUUUAACAAAAAAAGUUUUACAAAAAAGACAAAAAAAGGUUUUUAACUCAUUUGCCUUGUGGCAAGUUUUGCAAAUAGCUCUUCCCCACCUCCUCAUUUUAUUAAAAAAAAAAAAACCUGAGAAAUUUGAAUUUUAGUUAAAUGAUCUCAAACUGGCAUUUAACACUGUUUAUAAACUAUAUAUAUAUAUAUACAUAUAUACAUAUUUGAAAUGGGAGCGUUUCAGAGUUGCUAAAGCAUCAGCCUGUGAUACGGAGUUGAUGACCUCGUGCUGAGAGAGGUGGUCGCUGCCGAUCCAGGAGGAGCGGGAACCACAGAGGCCCAAGGCCAGUGGGCAUGGCCACUUGCUGCCUAUGGGUUGCCUUCUGUGGACACUGGGAAGCAGAAUUUGAUUAUCUAGCAUGAGAGAAUAUCCAGCUCUGCUCCUGGUCUGGCUUCUAUAGAUACAUAGUGUAUACUUGUGUAGACUUUGCAUAUAUACGGAUUUGUAGUAUUUUCCUGUUUUGAUGUCUAAUCUGUAUCUAUAAUGUACCCUAGUAGUCGGACAUACUUUUGAUUGUACAAUUGUACAUUUGUAUACCUGUAAUGUAAAUGUGGAAAAGUUUGAAUCAACAUGAACACGUUUUUUGGUAAGAAGAGAAUCAGCCAGCUGUGCACUCUGUAUAUCCCGCCUUUUAUGGUCGUAGCAGAUAGUGUUGUAUAUUGUAAAUUGUAAUUUCAACCAGAAGUAAAUUUUUUUUCUUUUGAAGGAAUAAAUGUUCUUUAUACAGCCUAGUUAAUGUUUAAAAAGAAAAAACUAGCUUGGUUUAUUUGUCAGCUAGUCAAGACGGUAGUGAGAGCUUUCUAAAUGUUAUUCAGAUGAUUCAGUUCACACUAGUGUUUUGGUUUUUUUUUUUUUUAAAUCCUAAGAAAAGGUAAUGUUUCACUUAUUUUGUGACAGUCAAAAAGGAUGUGCAGAAGUUCCGCCUGCCCCUUCCCGCUCAGCGCCUUCCCCUGUAAAGUGACUCGCCCUCCGUUUUGUACAGAUGAGCUGUAUUUUGCAUUUUGUCUACUUGUAAGUGAAUGUAACAUACUGUCAAUCCUUGUUUGCAUAUAGACUGUAACACUACACGGUGUACAUUUCCAGAGCCUUGUGUAUAUUUCCAAUGAACUUUUUGCAAGCACACUUGUAACCAUAUGUGUAUAAUUAACAGACCUGUGUAUGCUUAUGCCUGGGCAACUAUUUUUUGUAACUCUUGUGUAGAUUGUCUCUAAACAAUGUGUGAUCUUUAUUUUGAAAAAAAUACAGAACUUUGGAAUCUGAA